GACUGUGUUGUCAUUCACCCCGUUUCACAAUCACGUCAUCGAUUUUUCAUGGCCAGAUAGUCGGUCGAAUAAAUUUGUAUCCUUGAGACAGCUUUCCCUGUUUUGCUGUUUGUCAAGCUCACAUAAACCAAUCUCAGUUUAGCGUUUCCAGGUGAACACAGGAACAAACCAAAGAUGGCUUUGUGGGAAAUUCACGACGACAUGAACUUCUUCAUCACGGCCGAUAAAUUCUACAUCGAGCCAAACGGGAAGAGUGAAGUACUGAUAAUCGAUCGGAUCAGUCGAGAAUCGUCGCUACAAGUGAAAACUAAUCAGCUGCCACACGGUAUACAAAUCCGAAAGGUGUGCGGUAUUCUGGGUGUGAUAAAAUUGAUCAGUGGCUUUCACCUGAUCGUGGUCACGCAUCGAAUAUUUGUAGGCAUCAUCAACGGACAGGUCAUUUGGCGACUUGCUGGGUUCGACAUCAUUCCAUAUGUGCCCUCGUUGACACAUCUCAGCGAUACUCAGAAAGUCCAAAACAGUGUUUAUUUGGCUAUGAUUCGUCAGGUUUUGGACACACCAUACUACUAUUUUUCGUACACAUAUGACAUCACGCAUUCGCUACAGAGAUUACACUCGAUGCCACCGGAUUUCAUGCAAUCUGGGUUGUACGAACGAGCCGAUUCCCGAUUCGUUUGGAAUGGAUAUCUUCUAAAGCACUUCCACCGACCCGAGCUGAGACAAUAUUGUUUGCCGGUUGUUUUGGGAUUUAUUUCCAUCAAUGAUGUCGUGGUCAACGGUAACAAUUUCCAGUGGAUUAUAGUCUCCCGUCGUUCUGUUCAUCGUGCCGGGACUCGUCUGUUUUGUCGAGGGAUUGAUCAAACCGGAAGCGUAGCAAAUUAUGUCGAAACGGAACAAAUAAUCGACGUCCGGGGCGAUAAGGUAUCGUUUGUGCAAACACGUGGGAGCAUUCCGCUUUUCUGGCGACAGACACCGAAUUUGAAGUACAAACCUCCGCCGGAAUUGGUAGGCGGUCGGGAUCAUUUGAUUGCCUGUUCCAAGCAUCUGGACAUGCAGUUGAUUCAUUACGGUCGCCAGGUGCUAGUCAAUUUGAUCGAUCAUCGCGGCGCAGAGGAUGUCCUGGAAAAGGCUUUCGCCACAACGAUUUCAACCUUGGCCAAUCCGAAUGUGCGAUACGAGUCGUAUGAUUUCCAUGCCGAAUGUCGCAAAAUGCGCUACGAUCGACUGCACAUUCUAAUUGCUCGUUUGGCACACGAACAGGACGAAUUUAGUGUGUUCCACUUGAGACGGGACGGUACGUUGCUGUCAUCACAGGAUGGUGUCUUUCGUACGAACUGUAUCGAUUGUUUGGAUCGGACAAAUGUCGUCCAGAGCAUGCUCGCCAAGCGAAGCCUAGAGCAAAGCCUCAUGAGGCUUGGAGUGUUGACCAGCGGGCAGAAAAUAGAUCCCAAUUCAACAUUCGAAUGGUUAUUCAAAGGUGUUUGGGCCGAUAAUGCUGAUAUGGUUUCCACACAGUACAGCGGAACGGGGGCCUUGAAAACUGAUUUUACUCGCACUGGAAAGCGAACCAAAAUGGGUCUACUUCGCGAUGGCAUAAAUUCGUUAACACGAUACUACAAAAACAAUUUCAAUGAUGGUGUCCGUCAGGAUGCCAUCGAUCUGUUCCUCGGUAAUUACAUCGUCCAGGAUGGAGAGGGCCUUACCGUUCAGUGUCCGCUCGUGAUCCAGAAGGGUUGGAAAUAUGGAACAUUCCCUGUGGUCCUGCUGUUUGCCUUCGCCAUGUUUUUCGCCUCUACGGUGUACCCGCAGGAGUACAACACGGAAAAUUUGCUAUUCAUUCUCUUCUGGGGAUCAAUGGUCGGAGCAACCGGUGCUGGCAUACUCAAAUACGGUGUGGAAUUCGUGGAUUGGCCAAAGCUGCUGCCAGCGACCCGCUCGAAAAUGGAUGCUUGACGGUACUCGAACUGGCGUUGAAAAAUAUCACAUGAUUAUUUUUAGCUCUGUAAAUAACUGGUUAGGUUAUAUCCGGUUUAGUGUUGAUAGGUUUUUGAGUACAUACAUACACACUUCCAAUCUAUGUAGCAAGUUUUAAACGCAGUUUCAAAAUCGAAUUCUAGACUGCAUUGGUAGGUAAUUAAAAUAUUUGAGUCUAAUAAACAGAAAAAUACAUGAAC